AUGGCGACCCUUCCCCCAGCAUACGAGACGUCCCAAGACGCAAGUUCAGUGGAAGCUGAUCAGGCGACGCACCCGUGGCCAACGCCAACGGCUCUUCUCCCUAGCUAUUCUACCUCAAGUCCCUUACAUUGGAUGAAGGAGGAAGCUUCAGAAGUUCUCCUCACCACGCACGAUUUCGACACUGGCAGACUUACCUGCGAGUUUGUUCCUAGCCUAGACCCCGUUGUUGCUGCCACCGUCCUAUCCAAACGGCGGAGAGGUUGGCUAGGAGCUUUUUUGAAAGUCCUCUGCCGAAGUCAUGCCGCCCGGGAGCCUUCUUGCGACUCUCCUCUAUCCACAGCCACGGCAAUUGUGGGUAUCAUCAGGCGGAGGCUGGUUUCACCUGCGCCAGAAUGGAACGUGGCCUGGAUCUUUUCAGCUCUCACUUCCUCAACAGAUAUCUCUACAAUCUCCGAGAAACUUAAUGCUCAGAUUGAUUCAGUUUUCUCCAGGAUCUCGUUUAGAGACUGGCUAGAAUAG